UGGAGGGAGUUUGCUAAGGAGAUGGAUGGAGUAAUACGCAUUGGAGCUGUCAACUGUGGAGAUAAUAGAAUGCUUUGUCGAAUUAAAGGGAUUAACAGUUAUCCCAGUCUGUAUGUUUUCAAAACUGGAACGCAACCAGUGAAAUAUUACGGAGACAGGUCAAAAGAGAGCUUAAAGAACUUUGCCAUGCAGUAUGUUACAAGCACAGUCACUGAGUUAUGGGCAGGGAACUUUGUUAAUGCCAUUGAAACUUCAUUUGCUUCUGGUGUUGGUUGGCUGAUCACCUUCUGUGCUGAACGUGGGGAUUGCUUGAGUUACCAAACACGCCUUAAGCUAGCUGGCAUGUUGGAAGGUCUUGUUAAUGUAGGCUGGAUGGACUGUGGCACCCAGGGUGAGCUUUGUGAUAAUUUAGAUAUCUCGUCUAGUACUACAGCAUACUUUCCACCUGGAGCCACCAUAAAUAACAAAGAGAAAGGAGGUGUUUUGUUUCUUAACUCCUUGGAUGCCAGAGAAAUAUAUCAGGAAGUAAUGCAGCAUCUGCCAGACUUUGAAAUUAUCUCUGCAGCAUCAUUAGAG